AUGGCAACACGGGCUUCCCAUGGUAUUUUUAAGCCUAACCCAAAAUAUUCUUCUAAUUUUCAUGCAACCACCAUUACAGAUAUUUCUCCCAUUCCUAAAAAUCCUGUAAGUGCGCUUCAUAACCAUAAUUGGAAGAAUGCAAUGUCGGAUGAAUUUAAUGCUUUAAUUGAUAAUAAGACUUGGGAAUUAGUGCCUAAGCCGUCUAAUGUGAAUAUUAUUCGUUCCAUGUGGAUUUUUCGUCAUAAAUAUAAAUCUGAUGGUUCUUUUGAGCAGUAUAAGGCUCGUCUUGUAGGUAAUGGCAAUACUCAACAGCAAGGAGUUGAUUGUGAUGAGACUUUCAGUCCCGUGGUCAAACCUACCACCAUUCGCACGGUUCUCAGUCUUGCCGUCUCUAAAUCUUGGCCCAUUCAUCAAAUGGAUGUCAAGAAUGCUUUUUUGCAUAGUCAUCUCAAUGAAACAGUGUAUAUGCAUCAACCCAUGGGAUUUCGUGAUCGUCACUUCCCUGAUCAUGUUUGCCUCUUAAAGAAAUCCUUAUAUGGAUUAAAACAAGCUCCUAAGGCUUGGUACGAAAGAUUUGCUGAUUUUGUUGCCACCAUUGGGUUCUCUCAUAGUAAGUCCGAUCAUUCCUUGUUCAUCUUCAACAAUGGUACUAAUAUUGCUUAUAUACUACUCUAUGUGGAUGACAUUAUUCUCAUAACUUCUUCUGAUCAUCUACUUAAGUCCAUUAUGACUCGUCUAGCCUCUGAAUUUGCUAUGAAAGCUCUUGGUCCUCUAAGCUAUUUCUUGGGAAUUGCCGUAACUAGGCACACAAGUGGUCUCUUCUUAUCUCAAUCUUAA